AUGGCUCCCAAGAUCUUCAUCACCGGUGCCACGGGUUACAUUGGAGGAGACGCCUUUCAUGUCCUCCAAAAGACACACCCCGAGUACGACUACACGCUGCUCGUGCGCAGCCAGACCAAGGUCGAUGCCGUGAGCAAGGCGUAUCCGGAUGCCAAAAACGUCCACUACGUCAUUGGCGACAAUGCGAGUGCUGAUGCCAUCUCGGCUGCCGCCGCUGCUGCCGACGUCGUCCUUCAUACCGGCAAUUCGGCCGACGACAUCCCGUCGGCCAAGGCCAUCAUUGCCGGCCUCGUCAAGGGCCACACGGCCAGCAAGCCGGCGGCCUACAUCCAUAUCUCCGGCACGGGCAUCCUCACCUGGUACGAUCUGGACAACAAGCGCUACGGCCAGCCCCCGCUGCCCGAGCAGACGUACAACGACUAUGACGGGGUUGAGACGCUCGUCACCGGUCUGCCCGACACAGCUAUGCAUCGUGACGUCGACCUGGUUGUCCAGGCUGCGGCCCGCGAGCACAGCGACGUCUUGCGCGUUGCCAUUGUUUCCCCGCCUACCAUCUACGGUGCUGGCCGCGGCCCUGACAACUGGCGCAGCAUCCAGGUGCCGACCCUGGCCGAGUACGUGCUCAAGGAGGGCUACGCACCGUAUGCAGAGGGCAGCGGCGAGACCGUGUGGGACAACGUCCACGUGCACGAUCUCAGCAACCUGCUGGUGAGCCUGGUCGAGGCGGGUCUCGACCCGACCAAGUACGGCAGCGCCGCCGCCGGCAACGACAAAGCCCCGGGCGGCAUCUUUGGUGUCUACGCCUACUACUUCGCCAGGGCCGCCACGCACAAGUUGGCCGAUGCGGCGCGCUGGGUGGCAGCGGCCGCCGCCGACCAGAAGCUGGUCCCCAACGCCGCGGCCAAGCCGACGCCCGUUCCGGUGUUCACGUCCAAGGACGUGCCGGGCAUCCCCGCCAUCAACCUUACGUGGGCGCUCAACUCGCACGGCGAGGCGGAGCGUGCGCACAAGCUGCUGGGCUGGACGCCGACCAGCCGCAGCUUGCAAGACGAUGUGCCGCAGCAGGUUGCCGACGAGGCCAAGCGCCUUGGCAUCUCCCCCAAGUAG